ACCUUAAAAAAUCUGAUUCUUUUCUCGAGUAUAAAUAUAUACCAUUACCACAAAUGUCUAGUAUCAUCUCACAUUAUCAUAUCAUACAGUCUCGUUACACACAAAUUUGAAUCAUCUUUAAUUUUCAUCCUUCAGAACACUAAGAAACAUGUCAAGCACUACAGCUGGUCAGGUCAUUCGCUGCAAAGCUGCUGUAGCAUGGGAAGCAGGAAAGCCACUUGUGAUGGAGGAGGUUGAGGUGGCUCCUCCUCAGAAAGAUGAAGUUCGUAUCAAGAUCCUCUUCACUUCUCUCUGCCACACUGAUAUCUACUUCUGGGAAGCUAAGGGACAGACCCCUGUUUUUCCUCGAAUUCUUGGUCAUGAAGCAGGAGGGAUUGUGGAGAGUGUUGGAGAGGGAGUGACAGAUCUGGCACCAGGUGAUCAUGUCCUCCCUGUCUUCACCGGAGAAUGCAAGGAAUGUGCACAUUGCAAGUCAGAGGAAAGCAAUAUGUGUGAUCUCCUCAGGAUCAACACUGACAGAGGAGUUAUGCUCAAUGAUGGAAAGUCGCGAUUUUCAAUCAAUGGCCAGCCCAUCCUACAUUUUGUUGGAACAUCGACUUUUAGUGAAUACACUGUCGUACAUGUUGGAUGUGUUGCCAAGAUCAACCCCCUUGCUCCUCUCGACAAAGUUUGUGUCCUUAGCUGUGGAAUUUCUACUGGAUUGGGUUCGACUCUGAAUGUUGCGAAACCUAAGAAGGGUUCGACAGUGGCUGUCUUUGGACUGGGAGCUGUAGGCCUUGCAGCUGCAGAAGGAGCUAGAAUUGCUGGGGCUUCUAGAAUUAUUGGUGUCGAUCUGAAUCCAAACAGAUUUGAGUCUGCAAAGAAGUUUGGUGUGACAGAGUUUGUGAACCCAAAAGACCACAACAAACCAGUUCAAGAGGUCAUAGUUGAAAUGACCAAUGGAGGAGUGGACCGCAGUAUCGAGUGUACGGGUCAUGUAGAUGCCAUGAUCUCAGCAUUCGAAUGUGUACAUGAUGGCUGGGGUGUUGCUGUUCUUGUGGGAGUUCCACACAAGGAUGCUGUCUUUAAGACCAGUCCUAUGAAUUUGUUAAGUGAAAGGACUCUCAAGGGCAGUUUCUUUGGGAAUUACAAACCUCGUUCGGACCUUCCAUCUGUUGUCGAAAAAUACAUGAACAAGGAACUUGAAUUGGAGAAGUUCAUCACUCAUGAAGUCCCAUUCGCUGAAAUCAACAAGGCCUUCGAUUUGAUGCUGAAAGGCGAAGGACUCCGCUGCAUCAUCCGUAUGUAAAGAUUCAAUGGUUGCAAGUUAGGAAUCAUUUGGGUCCGGAAACAGUUUCAUCUUUCAAAUAAAAGAAUAAUUUUCUUGUGUAGAACUUGUUUCUACAAGUUGGUUCUUGAAUAUUUGUGUUAUUAUUCUUAAUUUCCAAAGUUGUCGGGUGAAUUCAUGCACA